AUGGUCUUGCUCAAAUCUCUCACCUACAUCGCUGCCAGCGUAUUUCUCUUGAAUGCUGCUUCUGUAAAUGCCGCUCCCAUGAACGAAGCACAACCUCUCACCAAGAGAGGAUCCAAGUUGAAUGGCAAAUUCCUUCACAUUACAGAUAUCCACAUUGAUCCCAACUAUCUGGAAGGUGCUGACCCAGAUUCGUUCUGUCACAAGCAUGGCAAGAAGAGAUCCUCGGAGUCUGGUAAAUACGGUGCAUUAGGCACAGACUGCGACUCUCCUGAAGCUCUCGUGGACGCUACAUUUAAUUUUCUGAAAGAGUCCAUCACCGACAUUGAUUUCAUUAUUUACACUGGUGAUACUGCCCGACAUGACCGUGAUGAUGGUAUGCCCAGAACUCAAAGCGAAGUCGUCAAUGCUCAUUCUACCGUUAUGAAGUACUUCCAAACAGCAUACGAUACCGAUAAUGUGCCCUAUGUUCCCACCAUUGGCAACAACGAUGCUUACGAUCACAACGAUGUUAAAAAGAACGACAAGAUUUUCAAGAAGCUCGAAUCCAUUUGGAAGCCCCUUGGUCUCAAUCUAACUUCCGCGUUCUCUACUGGUGGCUACUAUGUUCAAGAUGUCAUCAAGGGCAAACUCACUAUUGUCAACUUGAAUACCAUGUACUUUUAUGACAAGAACAAUGAUGUUGAUGACUGCAGUUCCUCCAGUAGUCCUGCUGCCAUCGAGAUGAAAUGGCUAUCUUAUAUCUUACAGCGCUACUCCAAGAAGAAGGGCCACCAACUCUAUUUGAUGGGCCAUGUUCCCCCUAUCGAUGAUGAUGGCUCCAAGCUCUAUAAAUCCAACUGCUACACUCAAUACAUGAAUCUGCUCGGUAAAUACGGUAGCACCAUCUCGGGUCACUUUACAGGACACACCAAUAACGAUAAUCUGAACGCUGUUCUUCCCUCUUCCUCCAAGGGCAAAUCUUACUCUUUUCUCGCUGCCGAUGACUCUAAUGCCAAGCAUAUGAAAAAGCAACUAGGCAAAACCUCUGUUGGUCUUUUCAAUGCUCCCUCCGUCAUUCCCAAGAACAACCCAGCUCUCCGUGUCUAUACUUACAACACUCAAAAGAGCGAUGGCUAUCCUGUAGGCACUAUCCGUGAUUGGGAUCAAUACUAUGUCGAUCUUGACAAAGCCAAUGGCGAUGGAAAGGUUGAAUUUGAGCUAGAAUAUAGUGCAUCUGAUCUCUACGGUGUGGAUCACUUUGACGGUGCUGGUGUCGGCCAAGCCAUCUUGAACAUUGUUAAUGACAAGAAGGCUCGUAAAUUGUACAAAAAGUACGCCAAGGUCUCCAGCUAA